UUUUGGGUUGAACAAAUUAAAAUCAAUCCAUAAGGCUUAGAACUUGGAAGUGGAGGGAAGAAGAUGAAGGGAAGUAUAUAUUCUUUUGCUAAUUGUGGCGGGAAAAUGUCGUAAGAGACCCGAACCCAUUUCCAUUUACUAUCCCUCUCGCUAUCAUUCCUCCGAUACUCUCUCCUCUUCCUAAGGGGGAAAAACCCUCUCUCUCAAUCCACUCUUCUUGUGUUGUGCUUCAAUUUCAACGCUUUCCGGUGCCGGAGGGGUAUUUCAGCGGCAAAUAAGAACUAGCUUCGAUUAUCGGAAGUGGAGUGUUGUUGAAGGUUAUUGCAGAGUUCGAUAUCAAAUGGCGGAAGUUUUUGAUGACGAAACCGAACAGACGAUUUCUAUUCAAGAGUAUCUGAAGGAAGUUGAGGAACAGGAGCUGGAAGCAGAUUUGGUUUUGGGAGGUGACGAAGGAAAGGAAUGUACUUACAGCAAGGGUUAUUUGAAGAGACAAGCCAUUUUCUCAUGUCUAACUUGUACCCCUGAUGGAAAUGCCGGAGUUUGCACAGCAUGUAGCUUGUCCUGUCACGAUGGACACGAGAUUGUGGAAUUAUGGACGAAAAGGAACUUCAGGUGCGACUGUGGAAAUUCAAAAUUUGGAGAUUUCAUUUGCAAGCUGUUCUCAAACAAAGAUGUAGAAAAUGCCAACAAUUCGUAUAACCAUAACUUUAAAGGCUCAUAUUGCAUAUGCAAUCGUCCUUAUCCUGAUCCAGAUGUUGAAGAGCAGGUGGAGAUGAUUCAGUGCUGUAUGUGUGAGGAUUGGUUCCACGAGGAACAUCUUGGUCUCAGUUCCAUAGAUGAGAUUCCGAGAGAUGAAGACGGGGAGCCCCUGUACGAGGACUUCAUAUGCUCGGCAUGUUCUGCAGUUUGUUCUUUUCUGAGUCAAUACCCUUCUUCUAUUUGGGCUGUGGGAAGGCCCUCUGAUAUCUCCUUGGACGUUACCAAGAAAAAUGAUGCUCCAGAACCCAUACUUUCACAUAGUACAUCUGUAAAGCGCGAUGAUGAUGCCAAUGCUCACGAUUCUGCCAAUGUCGACCUUACAGUAGCUCCUGAUAAAUCUGCUGACAAAAACAGCUUGCUUAGUGAACCUACUACUGAGAAUGAUCGUGGUUCCAACGAAUCUAUUAAAGAUAACGAUCAAACUGUUAGUUGUGUGCUUGGCGCUUCUCAGUCAUCUGCUUCUACAGCCGUUCAAAACAAGCCAAUGUUUCUUUCAAAGAACUGGAGGGGUGCCUUGUGCAGAUGUGAAAAAUGCGUCGAUAAUUUUAAGCGGAUGAAUAUUAGUUUCCUGCUAGAUGAAGAGGACUCCAUUGCUGAAUAUGAGAAAAUAGCAAAGCAGAAGAGGGAAGAGAAGUUACAGCAACAAGAGGGUGCUGAGUUGAAGUUGUUUGAUAACCUUGGCCAUGUAGAGAAAAUUGAGAUUCUGAAUGGCAUUGCAGAUAUGAAGGAUGAGAUUCAUACAUUCCUGGAAUCGUUCGACUCGUCAAAGCCUAUCACAUCUGCAGAUAUCCACCAGGUUUUCGAGAAUCUAGCUAAAAAGAGGCGUCGUACGGAAUGAAGUGUUCUGAGGAACCUCAGUAGAUUUGAGCAUCUAUGGUCUUAGGAUUUCUCAAGUAGGCUGUCCUGACUAAAUAUACUCUUGGGCUGCUGUCUUUUUUUUUCAGAAUACUGUCGUGUAAAACUGUUAACUAUGGGACUUAAUUCUCCUUGAGAACUAGAUUAUGCUUUCUGAAAUGACUUGUUUUGGAAACCAUGUUAGGCUUACCGGAGGUGCUAAGCUGUAAAUUCAACUUAGUUUCAGACCCUGUUUCUAAUUUAUGCUACACCUGGCCCUGAUGGAUUGUGUUGCUCACUCUGUA